AGGGAACCUGCUUCUGUUCAACCUCUAGCACGCCGCAGUACGCCAUGGAGAUAGCAGUCAACGACGAGCGCCCGUCAGCAAAUGCGACGCGCGAGUAGAGCUACACUGUGAUUCAGAUUGACCUCUCGCUUAUUUCCAUCUGCCUAAUAAGUUAACUCCGCUCUGAAGCCGCACCGUAAGUUCAGCUUUGUCUCGGGACCGAACGACAGAUGAUCUUGUCAGCCGCUAGCAUUUCAGUGGUACUUUCGUUGCUCAGCACUAUUUUGGGUCUGAUCAUAAUAUUCAUUGCUGUGUCAACUCCUGCGUGGCAGGUUGCAUACGUGAGGGAAAUGCAGCAGUGGCUACAAACCGGUCUGUGGAUGUCGUGUCAAACAAGGCCUUCGGGUAUGCACGUUUGCUCCUAUGCAUCUAUAGAUGAAACGAAUAUUCCUAUUACUGACGAUAUGAUUAAUAUUCGUGCGCCAACUUUUUAUGCGUGGCAGACUACGUUGUUGUACAUUUUUCUAAUUGCUCAACUUUCUGCCAUGUUAGCUCUGCUGUCGUACCUAUUCUCUCGUAGUGUUAAUCUGAGGAAAGCUGUACAUGUCAUAUUUUCCGGACUUGUAGCGCUGGCAGCACUGAUUUCCAUUGGAUGCUGUGUAGCUUUUAUGAUCUUGUCGCAUAUGGUCGAGUAUCGCUUCCAUCAUGUCUCUGUUAGUGGAAUAUAUGAAAAACGUCAGGGAUAUUCGUUUUACCUUGGACUUACUGGCUCUCUUUUAUAUCUACUCGCUCUCUUUCUUUCCAUUCCUAGUACAUUAAGCGUUAUUCGCGACCAGUCGGGAUCUGGGAGUCCAAGCGAAACGAGCCAGUAUCCUGCUCCUGGUAGUCUUAUUGCAGUGACUGAAAGGAUUCCGUGCACUGCGAUAGACCAGUUGCUUUGCCUCAGUGGUACCGCCUCUACUUACCACAUAUCGAAUAUUGACGUUGCAUCAAAGCAAGUUCUUCCGCCCCAUAACUGUUGCUGUUGUUGCUCAGUGCGUCGAUCGCUGUUUCAUAUUUACACCAUACUUCAUCCUACUGCUAAGAAUCACAGUAGUUUUUCUCUUAUUGAUUGGAUGGAAUCACAAGCAAAAAUUGAGAAGUGUUGGCUUGUUGUGUGGAUUCUCUCAAUCGUCGCUAACGUCUUUUUGAUUAUUGGAACGCUCACACCAGCUUGGCAGGUAGCGGAAGACACAGAUGUUGGACGAUAUGUUCAAUCUGGUCUAUGGCUUUAUUGCCCAGGAGCAGCGCAGUGCUGGUACAUCUUCAGCGACAACCUCAUAAACUAUUAUGAAAGAGUUGAUGUUUGCCGAUUUCUAUUGAUCGGAGAUUGUCGUAAAAAACUUCUACGAACGCCUUAUUUUUUUGGAUGGCACUAUGCAGUGCUGAUUUUGAAUAUCAUUGCCAUAUGUUUUAUAACCUGCGCUAUCAUUGUGGCAGCUCUACGAUAUAAGAAGUUGGAGAAGCGGCGGCUGUUUACCAUCCUGUUUGGUGUAUUCAUUUGCAUGGCCGUGCUUAUUCUUGGCGUCUCAUUAACGGUCUUUGUUGUAAAUGCGGAAAUGCUGGAGUCGAAGUAUCUAAUCGGAGUCAAGAACACCUUUGAGAAGUACUAUGGAUAUUCUUUCUACCUCGCCUGUACAGCGCUACUUCUGCUUGUGUUUUCGGCAUUUGGUGCCAUUCUGUUGGUAGCUUUGACGUUUUUCAAUCAUGAUUCGCAGACGGAUGCGGCAAACAUACGGCUAUCACCGGCAACACAAUAUUAUCCUGAACAGAGAUCUAAGUCACCGUUGAAGACGCCCAGCAUGCAUGGAGAGUAUAUAUCUCCGAACUCGCCCAAUGGACAGUUUCAGCAAACAACAAGACAUUUCUACAGCUACUAAUCGUCCUAUGGUCACCACAUACAUUUUGCUUAGCCCAAACAAUGGGUACUGUCAACCAUUCUCCAAGAGUCUAGAAUUUGUCUCAUUACUUUUACAUCUAUGUAUGAGCUACUCAUGUGCAUGUACUCAUGUUAAAUGCAUCCAAUGAAGA